GUCGCCACUCUGACGUCACAGCGGCGCCUCGCGGGCUGUAAAUACAGGCCAGGCCGGGCCCGGCGGCCCGGGCCCGGCGGGGGCGCUCGGUCGGCGGCGUUGCCUGGGGCUCGGGCCGGCUGCAUGGACGACAGCAAGGUAGUUGGUGGCAAGGUAAAAAAACCAGGCAAGCGAGGUCGUAAACCAGCCAAAAUAGACUUGAAGGCAAAACUCGAGAGAAGUCGUCAGAGCGCAAGGGAGUGCAGAGCACGAAAGAAGCUGAGGUACCAAUAUCUGGAAGAACUGGUGUCAAGCAGGGAGAGAGCCAUCUGUGCGCUCAGAGAAGAGUUGGAAAUGUACAAGCAGUGGUGCAUGGCAAUGGAUCAAGGGAAAAUCCCCUCUGAAAUAAAAGCCCUACUAACUGGAGAGGAGCAAAGCAAAGUGCAGCAGAACUCUACCAAACUUUCCAAGGUUGUGAAAACAGAAGCAAACAGCAACAACCCCUGGAUUUGCUAUUCUGGGAGCCUGUCUAACAUGUCAGUUUUUUACAUGGUUAGUAGCAUCUGUCUUCUGUUACAAAGGUUAUUUUUGUGUUUGACAUGGAUGGGACAACAUGAUUAUAGAAUCCUUCAUAAAAAGCACAUUACAGUCUAAGUCACAAUGUUUUUGUAUAACAGUGUCCUUGCAUAUCCUGCUAACCAAAAUGAAGUGUUAGAAAAGUUGUUGGAUGGCUCCCACAACUAUUUAUCGGUAUGGCUUGACAGGAUGAAAGCACGGGCUCUAAAGGCAGUCAAUAUUUGCGUCAUCCCAUAUUGCCUCCAGUUUAGGUAUCAGGUUUUGUGCUCAGUGAAGGGAUCCCUGAAUGAGAUCUUGUGGCUUUUGUUUUGCUACAGGUCACACUAGGUUAUCAGUGUCCCUCUGGCCUUGAAUCUCUGUGGCCUUGCAUUUUUUAGAACUCUAAAGUUCACCAGCUCCGCUUGGGAAUUGCAAGAGUUUGAAAAUGUUUUUGAGUAUCAUGUUUAUGUAGUAUGUACCAGGGGAUCCUGCCUGUAUACAAAAUCUUGUAAAGACUGAAUCUGGUCCUCUGACCAGGAAUCCAGUCCAAACCCCAAGUAACCCUGAGUCUCCUCGAUAAUUCCCCUAAGAAAGAUGGGAAUGUAGCCCUUCCCCCUCCUUUCUGUCACGGUAGUUCAGGGGUCGGCAACAUUUUUGGGCAGUGCUCCAAAAACACCCACAAGCUCAACUUGUAAGAUGUUGGCAUGCCAAGGGUGGACAUCAUGGGAGCUGUGAGGGGCCCAAUACUUGUUGUGGCAGCACAGCCCUGCCUCCUUGUCUUUUUCCUGCUGUCCUUCUUGAGGCAUGCAUGCCAAAGAAAAGGCCUUUGCGUGCCUUGCUCUGGCACCUGUGCCAGAGGUUGCCUACCCCUGCAGUAGUGGUAGCCAAGAAGGAAGCUGGCUGCCUCUUGAAGACUUUGAAGAAGGGGACUAGCAGGCCACUGAGCAUCCUGUGUCCCCACCCUCUUGAAAAUCUAGAAGUUACUUAGCACUCUGAGCUUGUUGGGUGGAAAGGGAGUUCUUCAGGACCUUCCAAAAUCUUGUGUAAAUUCUAGUGCAUUUUAGGCUCUUUGCACCAUUGUUCUGCUGGCACAUGAAGAUGCAGUAAGCACCUAAUUCAGUAGUAUUACACCAGUUCUAUAUCAGCCAUCUUAAUUGAUCUAAAUGGAAUUAGGGGUGUGAUGGGAGUGAAGCUGUGAUAACUCAUGCCUAAGGAAUUCUGAAGUAAUGGAAACUUGAAAGGAAAAUACCUCCUCUUCCCCUGUAUUUGAUGUGUGGAAUCUGGAAAAAUGAACUGCAUGGGUUUUAUGGAACUGUCAUUUAAUCAAGGAUGUUUUGCCUAAUGGUGGCUUACUUUUUCUCUCUCAUUCAUAUAUAACUAGUUGUGAUUUUUGCAUUCAAAAUUUGAUAAUACUAAGUGUUGACCAAGUUGCAUAGAACCCAUAAAGUGUUUCUCAGAAGCUUUUUAUAACCUACACAGAAGUUUGAAAAAUGUAUUAGAUCCUCUUCAAAGGGUGCUUUUUUUUUUUUUUUUCAUCUGUUACCGUGAUCUCAUCUGACUUGUUGGAGAGGGUGCUUGUGGUUAUGAUCGAUUGUUCUUUUUCAGGGUGAAAGCUGAUACAGAAGUCAGUGGUGAAUCCAGCCCUGUUCUGCAUCUCGUGAAGGAA